AUGUCUACCGAUAUAUCAUUACAACGCAAUAUUGCUGCACUUAUACCGACUUUAUCGUCGGGUGAAGUUGAAAAAUUUACUGAUACUUGGCUUGAUGCAUAUGCAUCUUAUUUUGGACAUUCAUUUUCAUCAUCGGUGACACAUCAACCUUUUCAAUGGGUUAUUCGUUCAUCUCUGAUAGAUAUCUUGAUGUCAUUUGGAUUAUCGAAUAAAAUACCUGAAGGAAGUCCUAUUUUUGAUUCUCUAUUAUCUACUUGGAAUAAUUUACAACCACGAGAGGGUGCUGUGGAAGUUCUGGAAAAAUUAAGUACAAAAUAUCAAUUGGGAUUACUUUCAAAUGGCGAUACAAAUACUUUACAAGCUGCUGCGCGUGUAUUUCCAUCAUUGAAUAAAUCAUUGAUUUUAUCGUCGGAUUAUCCAGCCAAUUGUUUCAAAACUUGUUCAGCAAUGUAUGCUCAAGCAUUAGAUGCGGUUCAUGGUGAUUUGACCAAAGUUUUUCAUGUAGCUGGCUCUGCAUUUGAUGCAAAUGGUGCUCGCACGUUUGGUAUUUUUUCAGGUGCCAUAGACAGCUCAGCCAUGCAUACAGAACCACAACCAUGCUUUGCUUUUGAUGACAUACGACAGCUACUUACGUUUUUUGAUGUUUAG